AUGCCGCCAACACUGCUGUCGCGACAGUCGACCAGCGACGGCGACACCCUCAUCAUCCCCUCCACCUACGGCGCGCUGCACUCGUCUCUACACCCGGGCAUCAUCGCCGGCAUCGUCCUCGGCUCCGUCGCCGGCUUCCUCCUGCUCCUGCUCCUCAUAUACUCCUGUCUCGGCUUCGGGCCCAUGGUCUCGGCGAACAAGGUCGUCGUCGUCGAGGAGGAGAUGGAGGAGCCGCGUCCGCGCUCCAGGAAGAAGCAGCAUCGCCACCGUCGACGGGGCAGCGCCAACGUGCGCGUCCGAGAGCGGGUCGAGGUCCGGACGAGAUCAGGCGGACGAGGGGGCGAUGGCCCCGUGAUUGUGGAAGCGCCGGGCCCCGCGCUGGAAUCGGAUGAGGAGGAUGAGGUGGUCGUUAUCGAGGAGCAUGACAUACCGCCGCCGAGGAGGGCGAGUCGACGCGGGGCGGGCGGCAGGGUGUAUCGGGACGUGGAUGUCGAGGACAUGAGAGAGUACAGAGGGUCUAGGAGGAGUCGAGAUUACUGA